CCACCCGUGAGCGCUGUGUUGUCAGUGACGCUACCGGUGGGAUAUCCCUCAGUCGACAUCCCACCGUUGAUUGUCCUACGCAUUGAACAGCCUGCCAACUCGGUUGCGAUAGACGAUCGCCGACUCUCCUCCAGAUUUUACGCCUGGCUCGCUGAAGAGUCCACGUCUGGUGAGCCAGUUAUCUGUGCAGCCGCUGAUUGGCUGCGUUCGGCCCUUUCCAACGUCAUCACCACCACCACCCCUAUCUCGCAGUCACCAACAGAACUGCCAACCGAACUGCCUGCCCCCGCCUCCAAUGACGAUGGCGAUAUCCGCCUGUGGAUACUGAGUCACCACAUUCGCAAUCCCAAAAAACGCAAGGUCAUCGUCGAAUGGGCCAGAGAACUGCACCUACGGGGCUGUUGUCUGCCCGGCAGGCCGGGUAUUGUUGUAGUCGAGGGUGAUGGUAAGAAUGUGAGUGGAAGCGCGCCAGCUUUCUCUGUUUGCUUUCUGGUCGAUAUACCGGUUUUGGAAGUUCAGCUUUUUUGA